AAGGGGGAAGGCCCGGGAGAGGGCUGACGUGUCCGGUGGGGAGGGCUGCCGGGCCGCGCCUGCGCGCUGCUGCCCGGGACGUGGCCGGCGGGCGGUCCCCCGCCGCAGCAGCCAUGGCGGCGGAGGCGGGCGGGGAGGGCCCGUCCGUGCUGUUCCUGCACCCGGACCUGGGUCUGGGCGGCGCGGAGCGGCUGGUGGUGGACGCGGCGCUGGCGCUGCAGGCGCGGGGCUGCCGGGUGCAGAUCUGGACGGCGCACUACGACCCGGCCCGCUGCUUCGCCGAGACGCGGGAGCUGGUGGUGCGACGGUGCGGGAGUUGGCUGCCCCGCAGCCUGUGGGGCCGCGGGCAUGCCCUGUGCGCCGCCCUGCGCAUGGCCUUCGUGGCCCUCUACGUCCUGCUCCUCAGCGACGAGUCGGCCGACGCCUUCGUCUGCGACCAGGUGUCUGCUUGCAUUCCCGUGCUUAGGCUGGCCAGAACCCGCAAGAAGGUUUUGUUCUACUGUCACUUUCCUGACCAGCUUCUGACCAAGAGAGAAUCUCUCCUGAAGCGCAUCUACAGAUUACCACUGGACUGGCUGGAAGAGUACACGACUGGCAUGGCAGACUGCAUUGUCGUGAACAGCAAGUUCACUGCCAGAGUGUUCAAGGACACAUUUAAGUCUUUAUCUCACAUAAACCCAGAUGUCCUCUACCCAUCGCUCAACAUCAGUAGCUUUGAAACAGUAGUUCCUACAGACAUAGCUGACCUGAUACCCAAAAAGAAAAAGUUCUUGUUUCUUUCCAUUAAUAGAUAUGAGAGAAAAAAGAAUCUAGCAUUGGCUCUUGAAGCUUUGCAUGAGCUUCAAGGAAGACUUGAUGCUCAUGAGUGGAGUGAAGUUCACCUAGUUAUGGCAGGUGGUUAUGAUAAACGAGUUCUGGAAAAUGUGGAGCACUACGAAGAGCUGAGGACACUUGCAGCCAAGCUUAAUGUUAGUGACCACGUCACUUUUCUGAGAUCAUUCUCAGAUGAACAGAAAAUCUCUCUUUUUAGUAACUCUGUAUGUGUGCUUUACACACCGAGCAAUGAACAUUUUGGCAUUGUUCCUCUGGAGGCAAUGUAUAUGAGAUGUCCAGUUAUUGCGGUUAAUUCAGGCGGUCCUUUAGAAUCAGUCUUGCAUAAUGUUACAGGAUUUUUGUGUGAUCCUCUGCCAACGCAAUUCUCUGAGGCCAUGGAAAAAAUUGUGAGAGAUCCUCUCUUAAAGGACACAAUGGGAGCAGCUGGGAGAGCCAGAGUUAUGGAAAAAUUUUCCUCAGAAGUGUUCACAGAACAGCUGUACCAAUACAUAUGUAGAUUAACACAAUAAAAUUAUAUUCCCAUUUUAUAUUUUACAGCUUUGUAUCUCUCAUUUUUAUAGGGGAACAGUAUUUAUUGUGACUAUGAUGAAGAACCCAGGAUAUCUGAAUUUCCUUGUUAUGCUUCUUGUGCUGCCUUAUGUCACUCAAUACAAAGAAUGAGCAAAAUAUGUUCCAUUGUCUCAUUAAAAGGUUAAAAUUUUCAUGUGGUAGGCUGAUCCACCAUUGUAGGAGUUCUUUUCUGUACUGUGCCUUGGAAGAAUGCAUAGUUAAAUGGCAGUAACUUACUGGGAAAUUAUUCCACAUUAUACUUUUAAUACUGUACGUUAUGGCUGACUCAUUUUACGGAAUGUGGAUUUGUACAGCUAAGACAAGGACAACUUUAUGUAUUUGAAAUGUUCAUCAGUAAGUUUUAAGUAAAAGAGCCAUCUUAGUUAAAGUAUGGAGAGAAUUGCGCAGUCCAAUUGCAUGUUUAAAAAAAGCCAUCACUGUUAAGGAUGUGAAUGGUAUGGUUUUAAAAUGAUCGACCUUCUACUGUACUUCUUAAAUUGCAUCAUGUAGUCACACCGGGUGUCAUAAACAAGCGUACAGGUAUGUCAGCAGGAGGAAGGUGAAACUAAAAUAAAACCAAGGACAUCAGACUACUUCAGGCAAAAACGUUAGUGCUGAAAUUCUUUGUCUAUGCAGAUAUCUGCAGUGCUUAAGGAUGUAAUGUUAAUUUGAGAGUUUCCGGUUUGUGGAGACUUAAAUGAUAUCCCCUUUAUUUAAUGUUUUGUUCUAAAUGACAGCACACUUUUAAGAAAGGCGCUAAUCCGGAGCAGGCUGUAAAGACAUUUCAUUUUGCCUGUUUUGGUGGUAACUUUUUGGUAUAACUUUACUGAAUAGUUUAUCUGGGGGACACUUCUAAUGCAGUGACCGCACACUGAGAGUAAUUAGACUUCCUUUUUUUCAAGUAUAAUACCUAUGUUUGGGCAAGGAAUAUGUGAUGCUUUUAUCUACCUCUCUUUUUAGUGCAUCUUUAUUAGUUGAUUGUUCUGUUUGGUUUCCAAUAACACAAUCUAUGCAGUCUUAAAAUGGAUUGAGUAACUAUACGGUUUCCUCAUUCUUUGAAAUACAGUUUUAUCUAUACAA